GCUGGAUUGAAAGUGAACCACAAUGGCUGCUGACAUCUCAGAUAGUCCUCUAAACCCAAGCUGCAAAAUCAUGACUUUUAGGCCUUCGAUGGAUGAAUUCAGGGAGUUCAACAAAUAUUUAGCGUACAUGGAAUCACAAGGUGCUCAUAGGGCUGGAGUUGCAAAGGUUAUCCCGCCGAAGGAAUGGAAGCCAAGAAAACAUUAUAAUGAUAUUGAAGAUUUGGUGAUUCCUGCUCCAAUUCAGCAGAUGGUCACUGGCCAGUCAGGGCUCUUCACACAGUACAACAUUCAGAAAAAGCCAAUGACAGUGAAGGAGUUCAGGCAGCUGGCCAACAGUGACAAAUACUGCACCCCAAGAUACGUAGAUUAUGAAGAUCUGGAACGUAAAUACUGGAAGAACUUGACUUUUGUGGCACCAAUUUAUGGAGCAGAUAUCAAUGGGAGCAUUUAUGAUGAAGGUAUCGAGGAAUGGAAUAUUGCCCAUCUUAAUACAAUAUUGGAUGUUGUAGGAGAAGAAUGUGGAAUUUCUAUUGAGGGUGUAAAUACGCCAUAUCUAUAUUUUGGCAUGUGGAAAACAACAUUUGCAUGGCACACUGAAGACAUGGAUCUCUACAGUAUUAAUUAUCUCCAUUUUGGGGAGCCAAAGUCAUG